AUGGGUGCUACAGGUACUGGUAAAUCUCGUUUAUCAAUAGAUUUAGCAACAAAUUUCUCACCUUCAGAGAUAAUAAACUCAGACAAAAUGCAAAUAUAUCAAGGUUUAAGUAUAACUACAAACAAGAUCCCGGUUCAUGAACGUUCCAACAUUCCACACCAUUUACUAGAUGAGUUCGACUCGUAUGAACACGAGCUAACUCCGUUUGAUUAUCGUUCUUUGGCGGAUUCCACAGUUGCAGAGAUUUUUUCAAGAAAUUGUUUGCCGGUUUUAGUUGGUGGUUCUAACUCAUUAAUCUACUCAUUCUUAACUAAAGAGCUUUCUAGUUCCGACUCGUUAUCGUUAUCUUCUUCUUCUUUAGAUUUCUUCUGUUCUUCAGCUGAAGAAGAUGGAGUUUCCGGUAAGUUACGGUAUGACUGCUGUUUCUUAUGGAUUGAUGUUGCAUUGCCGGUGUUGAAAGAGUACUUAUCUCUACGAGUCGAUCAAAUGAUUGAUUCCGGUAUGUUUGAAGAACUAUCGAAAUUCUAUGAAUGCCAAGAAGAAGAAGAUGAAGAAGAAACAACUCCGGUGUGUCGGACUGGGAUCAGGAAAUCAAUUGGUGUACCUGAAUUUGAACGGUUUUUCAAGUUAUUUCCACCGGGAAAGAAUAAUUAUUGGAAUCAUUAUUAUACCAAUGGGAAUGUGUUGGGUACUAAUGGGUGCAUUGAGACUAAUGGUGGCACGGUUGUGUCAUCGGUGGUGAAGUCGAUACGCGACGGGUGUUUCGAGUGUGGUGGUGGUGGUGAUGGAGAGAGGAGGAGGGAGAUGAGGAUGGUGUUUGAAGAAGCUGUUGAGGCUGUCAAAUGCAAUACAUAUGAAUUGGCUAUAAGACAGAUUAAGAAAAUUGAACGGUUGAGAUUGAUUGGAUGGAAUAUACAAAAGUUGGAUGCCACUGAAGUUUUCCGGGCAGUGUUAGAGUCGGAUUCCGGUAAGUCGUCGGAGAUUUGGGAUAAGGAGAUUGUUGAGAAGAGUGUGAAGAUUGUGAAGCAAUUCUUAGAUGAAUAG